AUGAGACUCUGGGUUUACGGACAGCAGCUUCCCGAAAUCCAGGUCGCCUACACGAGGCUACUCUACAGACUCGAGUUUCGAUCCAGAGACGACAAUUCCACCAAACCACCGAUACCGGACGCUGGUGCUAUGCUUCGACGGAACAGAACCGCCACCGACGUGCAGAGCUCGAACAUCGUCAACUUCUUCUCCAUGCUGAAGAAAGACGACCCACGCGAGCAGCUCGUCUACUACCAAGCGGGAAUUGGGACGUACACGAUUCCACAGAUUGCCAAACCGAUGAUGGCGAAAUUGCACAAGGUCAUGGACAGCAUGGUCGGUGUCCACUUGAACGCUCACGUCAUGGGCGGGUAUGAAUUUCUCAUGCAAAAUUACGAAGCAGGCGAUAAGAUUUCCCUCUUCGGCUUUUCGCGUGGCGCAUACACCGCACGAGCACUAGCUGGGAUGAUACACAAGGUUGGCUUGUUGCCUAAAUGUAACCAUCAACAAGUACCCUUCGCAUAUAAGAUGUACUCUCGAGAAGACGAGACAGGUUGGCUUCAGAGUUCGGCGUUCAAGAAAGCCUUCUCGAUAGACGUUGACAUCGAGUUAAUUGGCGUCUGGGACACUGUUGGUUCUGUUGGCGUCAUCCCCAAGCGAUUACUAUUCACGACAUUUAACACCCAUGUCAAGCACUUCCGUCACGCCCUCGCACUAGACGAGCACCGCGUCCGAUUCAAACCCAAUUUCUUCAACCGCCCUACUCACGAGGAGAUCGAGCUCGGCCUUAAAUGGGGCGAGAUCCCGAAAGUCAAGGCCAGCCAACCACAGAAGUCCCACCGUCGCAAGACUCUCAGAGAGCUCGAGCGGCAGUAUGGGCAUGGUGGUCAGCACCAGACUGAUGUCGAGGAGGUUUGGUUUGCCGGGUGCCAUUGUAACGUUGGCGGCGGCGCAGUCAAGAACGAAAUACGUAACAACCUAGCUCGAAUCUCUCUCCGGUGGAUGGUGCGUGAAUGUUUUAAGCUCAAGACCGGCAUCCUCUUCCACCGCGACACCUUCAAAGUAAUUGGGAUGGACCCUAGCACACUCUGGCCCGAGGUCAAAGAGUGCCCAGAACCAGUGACAUCGUUCUCGGACCAGCCACCACCGCUGACACGACCGCUCCCACAGGUAGGUGUCAAAACCAAUUCGGAAGACGUCAGCGACUUUGUCAGCUGGUGGAUCAUGGAGUACAUCCCGCAGAAGAUUUGGUUCCAGAAGGACGAUGAUUCGUGGGUGCGGAAGCUCUCGAUCAACCGUGGUCGUGGACGCAUCAUACCCAAACAGAAGAUUGAAGGCGUGAAGAUACAUCGGACCGUCCAGCUAAGGAUGGGUAGCCUGUCCGUACGAACCGAGGGCUAA